AUGGACAUCCGUAAUGACGUCUCCCAGCUCCGGAAGCUGGAGAACUGCUCCAUCAUCGAAGGCAACCUGCAGAUCCUCCUGAUGUUCACCACGGGCGCCGAGGACUUUCGGGGGCUCAGCUUCCCUCGCCUGCUCAUGAUCACGGAGUACCUGCUCCUUUUCCGUGUCUACGGGCUGGAGAGCCUGCGGGAUCUCUUCCCCAACCUCUCCGUCAUCCGCGGCACCAACCUCUUCUUCAGCUACGCCUUGGUCAUCUUUGAGAUGCCACACCUGCGGGACGUGGGGCUGCACAGCCUGGGUCACAUCCUUCGCGGUUCGGUGCGCAUUGAGCGCAACCAGGAGCUCUGCCACCUCUCCACCAUCGACUGGGGGCUGCUGCUGCCCGACGCCGGGGACAGCACCUACAUCGUUGGCAAUAAGUUGGCUGAAGAGUGUGCCGACGUCUGCCCGGGCAUCCUGGAUGUGGAGAAGCCGUGUGUGCAGACCAGCGUCAACGGACAGCUGGAUUAUCGCUGCUGGACCUCCAGCUACUGCCAGAAAG